AUGCCAGAAGUUUUCAUGCACCGCCACACCACACUGGGGAACCUCGAAUUUCCCUUCACCCUGCUAGCUGGAUCUCGCUUCACCCUGCCAGCCCGAUUUCCUUUCACCCAGCCAGCUAGGCGAGUUAACUCCCAUGGCUCAAGAGGACUCGCGGAUCGCACGCCUAUACUACUGAAUCUGCAAAUGGAUCAAUGGAAGAAGUUGGACUUGGAGGUUGUGAAAGCGUGGCUCGAGGAGCACGGCCUGCAUGCAGAUGGCGGACAUUCACGAGGCGCGCGCCAUCAUUCGCACCACGCUGGCCGAGAUCCUGCGAGGCUUCGACUGCGCGGACAAGAAGGAUCGGAUGAAGCUGCUGACAGCAAUCCGCGAGAAGAGGGUCGUCUCAAGCAGACAGUUGUUGCGGCAGAGGACCGGAGGAGAAUGGUGGCGGAAGUGAAGGUCGCUGCACUCAAAAGAGUUGUGGAGCGACUGCAGAUCCUGGCUCAACCCUCUCAGAUGCUUGACAUCGGUGCCCACUUACACCUGCACUGCACCGCCUGCCACUCCGAUAUCCUGGAAUCUCGUGGCCGUCCCCUCCAUAUCCGACAACGCAUUUCCUUUUAUUAA